AUGUUCGUCCUUCCCCCACCUCCGCCUCGCUAUACCGUCCCGGUUGCCUAUGCAGCCGGGGCAUCGAACGGAAUGGCAGUUCCCAUCGUGGAAACCAACAACAUCAUUAAACACCCAGAGAAGGGUUGCCCGUUGCAGGUCGGAGAAGGAACGUAUCAACUUCAGGACGACUUGCAUCUAGCUACCCCUCCCCCGCAUCCCUCUGAAGCGCCGAUCAUAAACCCGAACCCACUCGCAACCAAUCCCAAUCCUCCCACGUCAGGUGUCAAGCUAUCGUUAGUUAGCAUUGGUCCUCGAAACAAGACUGCGUUUCCAGCGAAAUUGACCGUUACUGCACGGCCUUUCGGAGAUGGGAAUAGUGCUUUGGCGGCUCCGCCUGUAAAGGAUCCCUCGAAGAAGCGGAAACCCAAAAACAACAUCAUUAAGAGCAGCUCCUCGUUUGUUUCUCGGGUCAUCAUUCACGAAGCCAACACGAAACGUUUGAAUGACCGCGACCCGGAAGGGCUGUUUGCCUUUGCGAACAUUAACCGCGCUUUCCAGUGGCUGGAUCUCAGUUCGAAGCACAAGGACGAACCGCUGUCCAAGAUUCUCUUCACGAAGGCGCAUAUGAUAAGUCACGAUGUCAACGAAGUAACCAAAAGCGCAGCCCAUAUUGAUGUGGCUAUGGGAUCGUCGGCCGGGGACAUCUUCUGGUACGAACCGAUAUCUCAGAAGUAUGCGCGGAUCAACAAAAACGGGGUCAUCAAUAACUCCCCAGUAACGCACAUCAAAUGGAUCCCUGGGUCAGAAAAUUUAUUCAUAGCAGCCCACGAAAACGGCCAGCUGGUGGUGUACGACAAGGAGAAGGACGAUGCUCUUUUUACCCCGGAGCUGCCAGAACAAUCGACGGAAUCAGUGAAAUCAACCAACUGGUCCCUACAGGUGUUGAAAUCUGUCAAUUCCAAGAACCAAAAAACAAAUCCAGUUGCAGCCUGGAAGUUGGCAAAUCAGAAGAUUGCUCAGUUUUCCUUCUCCCCAGACCACAAACACCUGGCGAUUGUGCUGGAGGAUGGAUCUUUGCGGCUAAUGAACUACCUCCAAGAAGAGGUCUUGGACGUUUUUCGGAGUUAUUAUGGUGGAUUUACUUGUGUGUGCUGGUCGCCAGAUGGGAAGUAUAUUGUUACUGGUGGCCAGGACGAUUUAGUCACCAUAUGGUCCUUACCGGAACGUAAGAUCGUUGCGCGGUGUCAAGGUCACGAUUCGUGGGUCUCCGCUGUCGCUUUUGAUCCUUGGCGUUGUGAUGAGCGGACAUACAGAAUUGGUAGCGUUGGCGAUGACUGUAAUCUUUUGCUCUGGGAUUUCAGCGUUGGCAUGAUCCACCGGCCGAAAGUGCAUCAUCAAGUUAGCGCUCGCAACCGGACGAGCCUAGUUGCGACAAAUCCUCAGCAGCUCAACCGUCACAUAGCCGACAUCUCAGGGACCCGGAUAAGAUCAGACUCCCAACGAACUGGUGAAAUUGACACUGCAUCCGAUCAACCAGUUCAGCAUCCUGUGGAGUCCAGGUCACGAACAGCUUUACUACCCCCGAUUAUGUCCAAGGCUGUUGGUGAAGACCCUAUAUGUUGGCUAGGCUUCCAGGAGGACACAAUCAUGACGUCUUCCCUGGAAGGUCACAUUCGCACUUGGGACCGCCCUCGAGAAAACAUUGGAGACAGCCAUGGUGAUCAGAAGUCGCCUGCGGUAAUCGGAACAAGCCUAGGGUCGGGCCGGGCUGCCUCCUCUAUGGGCUCACUGUGA